AUGAUGAAUACGCCUAGCACCCCAAUUUUUCAGAAGGUAAGGGCUCAUAAUUUCAGCAUUUUGGACAUCAGCCCUAAGGCAAGCCCAUCUCCCCAAGACAAAAUUAUUGAAGUUGAGCCUAUAACUGAUGAUAAAGAGUCAAUAAAAACUUUGUGUAAAGAUUUAGAUUUAUUCGUCAAACGACAGACGUAUAACAGAAAAAUUGAUGAGGAAUCAAUUAAAAGGAUAUCUAAUGACGUUUUAAAAUUAAAAAUCCUUUUAAAAGAAGAAAAAACUGAAUUUGAGACUCAAACAAUUUCGUUAUUGAAAAUGGAAAACGAAGAUUUAAGAAGCUAUAUUUUAAAAGAUUUUUUUCAUAAAAAUUUAAAAAAUCAAGAAAUUGAUUUGCAAGACCUGCUUAAUUAUUCUGAUGGAGAAGAAAAAAGCACUUGCAGUAGAUGUAUCAAUUUGCAAGCUGAAUUGGAUUAUCUUGAAAUGAAAAAAAUCAAUGAAGAGGAAAAAAUUAAAGAGCUUGAAAAACAUUUAGGGCAAGUAAAGGCUGAGCUGGCAGAGGAACAGAAAAGAGUGAAUGGAAAUAGCUCAGAAAAUUUAUUUAAAACUUAUUUAUUUUUGAUAAGGACUGAUAUUGAAAACUUAUUAGGAUGCGAACUUCCAGAAAUAGGAAAUGGCUCAGAAAAUAGUUUAUCUAAAUUAUGGCUUCAGGUAAGAAAAAUUGUGGGGGAAACUGCGAAAAAAUCUAGAGCAAAAGCAAAGAAAUUGAAGCUGGCUGAAGAAAAUUCGACCCAUCUGACUGUUACUGAUUUAAAAUCAAUUAUUUCUCAGCUAAAAAGCAUAGUUAAAGAAUCAUAUGAAAGCUCUCCUAAAACUCACAAUAUACAAAUAGGGUCAUAUCUUAUAUACUUUUCAUUAGAAAGAGAUCAAGAAGAGUGGAAUAAUAAAAAUUUAAAUGAUACUGUAGUUAUAAACUCCUUUGGAGGAUCAAUGAAUGAAAUUGAAUUUAAUGGGAUUUAUGAAAACCAAUCUAAAUCUGACGUUUCUGACUCUGAUGAAUAUAGCCCUGACAGAGUUGAGCCAUUUAAAGAAUUUUUUGAUCGCUACGAAUCAAUCACUGAGCAGCUUUCAAAAGACGCUGAUUCCUAUUCAUCAAACGUAAGCAAAGUCGCUGCAUAUUUAGAAAAUCCAUUAAUUGCUGAACUCCAAGAAACAAUCAAAAUUUAUCGAGAAAAAGAAAAAAGUUUUGUACAUGAAAAAGAAUACUUACUCCCCCCUCCGUGAACGAACAAAAAAAAAACCUUGCUCGCUCUUGGAGGGGGUUAAUUUUUGUUAAAAUAAAUUUAUAUAUAUAUUUGAGAAAAUGUUUUUCAAAAUUUAAAAAAUCCCACUUCUCCAAAAAUUGGAAAGCAAAUAUUAAUUUAAUUUGUAAAAUUUGUGUUUUAAAAAACGCCAUUUGUUUAAAAUUAAACAGAAUUAGCUAGAGAUUUCAUGAUAAUAGUUAUCACUUAUAUAUGAAAUUUUUUUGCCAUAAAAAUUUUCGUUCACUCAUGGAGGGUGGGUUUUGGGCAAAAAAUAGCGAUUUUUCCAAUGGUUUUGUUCGCUCACGGAGAGGGGGAGUUAACAAACUCACAGUAUAUUUUGAAUAAAAAAUAUAAUACAUGUAAAAAUGAAAAUAAAAUUUUGAUGAAAGAAAAUGAAGACUUGAAAAAUUAAGUUUAAGUUUAAGUUUAUUGAAUUUCUCUUGAAUAUUGAAUGCCUUCUAAGUCUUCAUUCUUGAGAUUCAGCUAUAAUGACAGCUCUGAGCAACGGUAGGUGACUAGCCUAACCUAGAACCGUUAAAGUUAUGAAGCCUUUCAGACUUCUCUAGUCUGUCCCAGGCUCAGCACAGACCACUUCUCUUCAAGCCAAAGCUCUCAAGAAGUUAGAAUUCUCUCACUGAGCUCGGUUUAUGGGUCCGACCUGAUGGAUCAGGACUAGGGACCCAUCCCUAACUGCCAUUUUAAAUAUUGUGACUUGAAAGAGAACUUAAAAUAUAUCAAUAGGGUAAUGAAAGGUAAAAUGCAAUCUGGGAAAGAAAAUGCAAAUGGAGAAAAUAUACUGUGCAAGCCAAUAUCUCUGAAAGAUAAAACUUCGGAAGAUCAAAAAAUAGAUGCUUUGGUUUUAGAGCUAAAGAAAAAAGAAAAAGAGCUGGAGAGAUGCGAUAAUACAAGAUUAUCAGCCCAAAUAACGAGAUCAAUAUUAAGCAUACGAACUCAAAUCUCUAAGCUAAAAACAGAAAAAUUGGUUUCAGACAACUCAAAAUCUGCCCAAAGAUUAAAUAAAUCACUAAUUCACCCCCCAUCCGUGAGCGAAAAUUUGUUCGCUCAAGGACUGGGUUUAAUUUUUUUUAAUAGAUUUUUUUUUUGAAAUUUAAAAAAAUCCCAAUUCGCAAAAAUUGGAAAGCAAAUAUUAAUUUAAUUUGUAAAAUUUAUGUUUUAAAGCGCAAUUUAUUUCAAAUUAAACUGAACUAGCUAGAGAUUUCAUUUAUACUAAUUAUCAAAAAUUUUUUCAUAAAAAAUUUUUGUUCGUUUACAGAUGGUGGGUUUUUGGGCAGCAAAUAGGGAUUUUUCCAAUGGUUUUGCUUGCUCACAGAGAGGAGUAAAUAAAAUCGAAAAGGAAUGGAUCAUAAACGAAGAGAAGAAAAAAAUUCAAGAUCAACGAUCAAAAACUCCAAAGCCUGAUCAGUCUCAAAUUCGAUGAGCAAAGUCUCAAAUAUCAUCAAUGAGCCCAUCUUCCUCUUUAUCUCCUUUACCUGAGCCUUCAAAUCUUUCUUUUAAAAGUAUAGCUUCAAUCUAUCAACAAAAAAGCCAAGAUUACUGGUCAACAGAAGAAAAAAGUUAUUUAAAAAGAGAAUGCGACAGAGUGUGGGAGCAAAAAUCUUUUCUCGAAGAAGAAUUAAGACGCAUUAAAGAGGAAACUCAUUUUGAUGAAAAAAUUGACAGCCUUAGAGCACAAGAAGAAGCUGCUAAAAAAAUCAUCGAAAUUAAACAGCAAGAAGAAAAGAUUCUAAAAGAAAAAAUGCUUGAAAUCGCUAAAAAAGAAAGAGAAAUUGAUGAGCAAAAAGGGCAAUUAAUAAAAGAGAGGGCUAAAAUAGACGAAGAAAAAGAAAAAAUCGAGCAAAGGGAAGAAAAUGUAAAGAAAAUUGAAUAUAGCAUUAAAUUGAAGGAAAGAAUGAUUAAUAGAAAAGUCAGAGAGCAGUCGGGAAUGAAUGAAAAGCAAGAUGAUUAUAUUAAAAAUACUAUUAGCAAGCUUGAAAAAGACAAAAAAGUAGUUGAAGAAGCUUUCCAGGCUUUAAAAGCAGAAAAUGAGGCUAUUAGUAUUAAAAAACAAGAGCUGGAAAAAGAAAUAGCUGAUUUUGAAAUCAAGAAGGUGGAAAUUUCAGAUGCAUGGCAAAAAAUAAAUGCGAUUACGCAAAAAUACCAAUAA